GGUAUUUUAUUUAGGGUAUUUUGCAAAGAUGAAAACUAUAAAAUGAAUCUUAGGGAUAUUUACUAAAACAACAGGACAGCACUGUUUUUAUCUUUCAACAUCCUUCGUUCACGGGAAUAGAAGAAUAUUGAAUCAAGAUGGGGAAAGUCAAAUGUUCUGAAUUAAGGAGCAAGGAUAAGAAGGAGUUGCUAAAGCAACUCGAAGAAUUAAAAACAGAACUUACAAACUUAAGAGUAGCUAAAGUAACUGGAGGAGCUGCUUCUAAGUUAUCUAAAAUCCGUGUUGUCAGGAAAGCUAUAGCUCGUGUAUACAUUAUUAUGCAUCAGAAACAAAAAGAAAACCUCCGACUACUUUUUAAGAACAACAAAUACAAGCCUUUGGAUUUGAGACCAAAGAAAACCAGGGCAAUACGACGCAAGCUAACACCUUUUCAAAUUAGCAGGAAACCAUUGAAAGAAAUCCGAAAACAGUCGACAUAUCCCUUAAGAAAAUAUGCUCUAAAGGUAUAAUAUGUAUUAUUUCUAUUUCAAAAUAAAAUAUAUAAAAAAUA